AUGAAUUCAAGUGUGUCCAUUUAUACAACUCUUCUCACUUUAGAACCACUGGACAUAUCACCAUCUAAUGUUAUACCAGUGUUCAUGUUUGGUACCCUUACCUAUUGUACUAUUUUAUUUUUCAAUAUUACAAUGCUGCUAACAAUUGCUCUGAAUCAAAACCUUCAUAAGCCUAUGUACAUAUUAUUGUUCAACAUGCCAAUCAAUGACAUUGUUGGUGCUUCUGCCUUUUUUCCCCAGCUGAUUUCUAGUAUAUUGUCACAAAAUAGAUCAAUUACUUAUUCUGCAUGUUUUUUGCAAGCAUUCUUAAUACAUUUAUAUGGGUCUGGAACACUGCUUAUUCUGACUUCUAUGGCUUAUGACAGAUAUAUUGCAAUUUGUUGCCCAUUGAAAUACAACACAAUGAUGUCCCCAAACACCUUGCUUAAACUAAUCAUUUCAGUGUGGAUCAUAGCCUUUUUAGAGAUUGGUUUACUACUUGGUCUGAACUACCGUGAAGAGAUUUGCAGCACAAAAAUAGUAGACACUUUCUGUAAUAAUCCAAGUUUGAUGAAGCUCAUAUGUGGGGAAUUCAGUAUUGGUAACUACUAUGGACUGUCUCUCACAGCUGUGCAUCAAAGUAUAACACUGUCUAUAAUAUUUUUUACCUACAUAAAAAUUUUAAUCACCUGUAUUUUUAAAAGACAGUCUGAUGCUAAAAGCAAAGCAAUUCAGACAUGUGGUACACAUCUAGUUGUUUUCUUAUGUUUAGAGAUCACUGCACUGUUUGCAAUAAUUUCACACAGGUUUAAUAAUGUGUCCCAGUACUUAAGAAGAAUAUUUGGUGCAUCUGCGCUGAUAUUUCCCCCUUUUUUUAAUCCUCUAAUCUAUGGGUUGAAAACAAGGGAAAUUAGACAGAACAUUAUUAUUUUCUUCAGUAAAAAAAUCUCCCAUCGAUAA